GUUGUGGUAAGCACACGAGCAAUGGUGGUGGGACAAAACACAGUAAGCGGAAGGUAUUGUGAAUCUGAAUUCACGUCCGGAUUUCACAAAGUCGGCGGUGACAUCGCUGGAUUUCGACCAAGGCUAGAACUGUCACUUUCACUAGAGCAUACUUUUGGCUUCUUGAUCUGUGAUAGGCCGGUAUUGCUAUCGGGAAGAUCCGCUGGUAUGACCUAACAUGGAAACCAAACCAUUCCUUUCUUUUGGCUUCCUCAAGAGCCAGUGCUCGGUAGCCACACCUCCUCAGCGAUGGUGCCCGGGGGAGACGGGCGGCUCGCCCACAGCAUGCUUGUGCUUCACAGGCAUUUGCCCACUUCACCAGCACAGGAGACCCACAGACCCCUCCGGUCAGCUGUCCUCACCAUCGCUCCACUCACACCACGCCCAUAGGGGAAUGGGUGCUCACCGAUUGCACCCAUCUCUGCUCAUCCCAUCGUCUGUGAGCUCCUCAGGACCUCCACCCUCACCCAUCUGCACCCUGAGCUCGCCCAUCACCAGCCUGGCCUUGCCCUUUUCUGUCAGCAGCCGUCCAGCAGGACACCACUCUACCUCCUCCAGCAUGGGCUUCAGCCCGCAGCUCAGCUUCCCAGUGAUCCCCAGUAGCAGCAUCAUUAUCAGCACAGAGGACAUCAAACCCCCACUGGGCCAAAACAGAGUGCUAAAGGUUCCUUCUCAGCCCACAUGCACCUGUCUCUCCUUUAACAAACACAUCUGUGCCAUCUGUGGAGACCGCGCCUCAGGUAAACACUAUGGAGUAUAUAGCUGUGAAGGUUGCAAGGGCUUCUUCAAGAGAACAGUGAGGAAAGAGCUGACGUAUACCUGUCGAGACAACAAGGACUGUCUGAUUGACAAGCGCCAACGCAACCGAUGUCAGUACUGCCGCUACCAGAAGUGUCUGGCCAUGGGCAUGAAGAGAGAAGCUGUGCAGGACGAGCGCCAGAGAGCCAAGGAGAGGCGCGAGAGUGAGGCGGACUCGUUAGGUUGUGCUAACGAAGACAUGCCUGUGGAGAGGAUAGAGGAGGCGGAGCUCGCUGUGGAGCUAAAGACCAAGACAUGCAUCAAGGGGAGCCUGGGCGUGCCCACCAACUCACCCAACCACCCUGUGACCAAUACAUGCCAGGCAACAGACAAGCAGCUCUUUAACUUGGUGGAGUGGGCCAAGAUGAUCCCCCACUUCUCAGAGCUGGCCCUGGACGACCAGGUCAUCCUCCUAAGAGCAGGGUGGAAUGAGCUCCUCAUAGCUUCUUUCUCCCAUCGCUCCAUCACUGUGAACGACAGCAUUCUGCUGGCAAACGGACUCCAACUGCAUCGCAACAGCGCCCACAGUGCAGGGGUGGGGUCCAUCUUUGACAGAGUGCUGACUGAGCUUGUGUCGAAAAUGCGAGACAUGCAGAUGGACAAGUCUGAGUUAGGGUGCCUUCGAGCCAUCGUUCUCUUCAACCCAGACUCAAAAGGCUUGUCAAACCCAGGGGAGGUUGAGGCUCUCAGAGAAGGGGUGUAUGCUUCACUGGAGGCAUACUGUAAACACAAAUACCCCGGCCAACCAGGAAGAUUUGCCAAACUGUUACUUCGAUUGCCAGCCCUACGUUCCAUUGGCCUCAGGUUUCUGGAGCACCGGUUCUUCUUCAAACUGAUAGGGGAUACACCCGUUCACACAUUCCUCACGGAAAUGUUGGAAGCUCCACGCCAAAUGACGAAACAGCACUGCAGUUGAAGACUGUCUGUCCAAUACUUGCAUCAAAAUGGAGAGAACUGGUAAUUUGCCUGAUUGACAGACUGUAAGUUUGAACACAAGAACUAGUGGACAGCAAACCUAUGGCUUUGUUUAAUGUACAGUAGAUGUAUUUAUCAUAGUUUUGUGUCAAAGUGAAAUGUCUUGAAGGGCCAGAGUCUGAAACAACCGAAAGCAUGAGACCUUUUUCACAAUGAAUGAUAAUGUCUUCUCGCUUCAGAUUCAACACGGAACAUUGUCAUAACAGAUCAAGACUCCGUGCCACAAACCAGCGACCUCAUCAUCCUCCUGCCUUAGACAGGUCUACCUCUUGUAGUCAUUCUCAUAUUCUGUGAUAAUAACAACAUGGUCCGGCCAAACUCGUUGUCUAGGAUGAUCUCCUGCUAUACAUGUAACCCCCACCUCAGGCUCUCGUAGUUGGUCUUCUCCUCCUUAAUGAAAAUGUUCUCAUGUGACUAUAUACGGCAGAUGAGGUUAAUGCAUUUAAACUGGAACCCCUUGACAGGGAUAAUGGUUCAGGUAACUUCAGCUCAAAACCAAGGCUAUUUUUUCUACUCCCAGCACUUAACUUUGUCAAGCAGAGAAAGGCUCCAGUCAGUAGCUCACUGUGAGGACAGAGGAGGCUGAUAGGAGGAGCUAUAGGAGGACGGGCUCAUUGUAAUGGCUGGAAUGGAAUAAAUGGAACGGUAUCAAACACAUCAACCAUAUAGAAACCUCAUGUUUGACUCAGUUCCAUUUACAUUCUAUUACAAUGAGCCCAUCCUCCUAUAGCUCAUCUCACCAGCCUCCACUGUAUGACUAGCAUGCAACUGUAGUGGGGAGGAUCAAUAAGGUCUUCACUAAUGAUAAUUCACAUAUCAACAUGUAGUGCUCAUUUCUGUAUUGCUAUGGGGUUUUUAUGCUGCUGCUGUUUGCUUUGUGUUGGUAUGUCCAAAGAGUAGCAGUGGUAAACAUCUUCCAAUGUAUAGAAUGAUGCGUCAGUGUGUAGGUCAGUGUUUCCCAACACCAGUCCACGAGUACCCCCAACAGCAAACAUUUUUGUUGUAGGCCCAGACAAACUCACCUGAUUCAACUCAUUGAUGGCCUGAUGAUUAGUUGACAAGUAGAAUCAGGUGUGCUUGUUUGGGGCAACAAGAGGGUUUACUGGUGGGGGUACUGGAGGAAUGGAGUAGGGAACCCCUGGUGUAGGGGACUGUCUGUAAGUGACUCUCUGUAGUAUCUGAUAGAUAUAAUGCACACAUAAGGUCUCUGACGCCAACUGGUGCAUCACACAAAAGUAAUGCAACUGUCCAAGUACAUUAGGACAUGAGAAGAGAGCAGUGUUGUAAUUACUCAUUGCUACAAUGUGUUACAAUGUUACUUACAGCAGUAACCCUAUCCAUAACUCCUAAACCUAACCAAUCCUAUCGUACGUUAUUCAAGUGUAAUACUGGGUAAGUGCAAUACAUGUUACACUGUAAUACCAGGAAUAAUUAGACUGUGAUAAGGGCACUGUAAUUUAAAUUCUAACCCACAUUUCCCAGCCCAUGCAUAACAGAAGACAGACAAGAGAAUAAUGAUUGAGGAGAUCAAAAGAUGGCAGAGAAUUUUAAAGAAUUGUUUCAGUCAGAAGGACAAUAUUCAGGUUGAGCAGCCAGGACUACUUUUGGAACCUCAUAUGUAUUUUAAUUGUAUUUAUUUGAACCUUUAUUUGAUCAGGGAGUCACGCUGAAACCAAGAGCCCUGAAUAACAGAAAUGACAGAAAUUCAAGCAGAAAGAAGAUACAGUUAUAACAAACAGUUCAUUUAAAAAUGAAAUAACCACCAACCAAUGAACAAUAGCAGCAAACAGAGCCUGCAUCUCGUUCAACCACCUUUUUUUAAGCAGAUCUAUUAGUUCGUAUUUUAGCGUCAUCAUUGCUUACUGAGCCACUCAGGACUAGUGUAUUUUAGGAUGAACAAUAAUCUUGUUUUUUGUUUUUCCUCAUUUAAAACAUGGCAACAUGUCGUUUAAAGUGGUAAUCUACAUUCAUUUUUGGUAUUUAACAAUAAUUAUAUAUAGACAUUGAAUAUUGAAGAAUAUGGGUUAUAAAUGUCUCAUGAGCUACGUUCAACUGUCUUACUCCACCAAACUGUUGUUUACUGGGAAGUAAACCAAGAACAAAUGUAGUACACUGUCUUUAUUUGACGUGUUCUGUUUAGAGAGCAUGUUGUCUUACGCUGGCUCCAUUUACACAUGCUGCUCCAGGCCAGACCAUGCUCCAGGCCAGACCAUGCUCCAGGCCAGACCAUGCUCCAGGCCAGACCAUGCUCUAGGCCAGUUAUAGCUGAUGUCACAUUUUGCAAUGCACCCAUGCACCAAUUCAACCCAAUGAACCCAUGAUGUCGAUUCCCCAAUGAUGUAUAGUUUUAAAUCAUGUGUUUGCCAUGUCUUGUACAACUUGUUCGUUUUUAUAAUGUAAUACAAAUAUUAAUAGUGUUAGCUAUAAAGGUGGCAAGGUGUGUAUACACGAUUCUGAUGGCCUUCUCUGCUUGUGCAAAUAGGAAGUUUAUCAUCAGCUUGUACUUCACUGUUACUUAUUAAAGGCCUGGAAGCUUUUCAACAGUAAAACAUUUCUUAUGAUACUUAUUUAAACAGAGGACCCAAUCAUGUGUAGGGUACAGCCUCUGUCAGCACAGUGUCUAGGGUACACUGUUUAAAUAAGUAUCAUAAGAAAUGUUUUACUAUUGAAAAGCUAUAUGCCAACUAUCUGUAAUAUGCUAUGCGUAUGUGUGAUGAUGAGGGCAAUAUGUAGACUGUUAUGUUACAUGCAUACCUCUAGAGGGAGACAUUGCUGUUUUGCAAAGUGGCAUUGACAAAACUCGUACAGGAGGAGCAUAGUGAAUUGGGGGAUAUCACAGCCAAGACAGCCAAAGACGUGGCACAUUUUUAAUAAGGCAUAUCCUGCUUUUCCGAAAGCUCAAAGCACUAAUAACUCUACCCCUAAUUAUUACUGAUUGAAUCUGACAUUAAUAUUUCUUAAAAAUAAUAAUAAUAAUACUCCUUAAAAAUGUUUUUGCUGAUCAUAAGUUACUGGUGUUGGCAGUCCAAUAAGCAGUUCUGCCAGUUCUGGUAGUCUGGAUUGAAUUUAGAGGUAAUGUUAAACAUGGCUCAGUCUCACUCAGGUUGAAGUGAUGUGUGUUGACAUGACUAAUCAUAUCCAUGGGAGUAUUUGUCUCCGUUGCCCAAAGAAAAAGGUGAUUAGUGUUAUUUUUAAGUUGAUAAGGCUGUUAUGAAAUGGUGAUUGGGGAAGAGGCAAAGCAUCUUUGCAGAACAAUGUUGUCAAAGAAACCUAACUGUGACUUUGGUCAGCUCACUUAAUAUGACUGAGAAUGUUUAGCCGGAUUACCUCUCAAAGUCAAGAAUUUUGUUUGAGAGGACGACUAAAGACAUUUGCUCACAUUUCUAGUACAGUAGGUUGUGUAGUUCUUCUGUUUUAACCCUAACCACAACCAUACAGAGGAAAUACCGAAAUGUAACCCCUGAGGAUGUUGUGUCCUAGAAGUUAAGAGUUAGAGUUCAUUUCAUAAUUUUGGUGAGUGAAUGACAGCACUGACGUUGCCGCAAUUUCGGACAAUUUGAAUGACGUUUGCAGCAGCUUCCUGAAACGAUGCAUAAGAAAGAUUGACAGGUUGUGUUGACAGGACGUUUUUCAAAAUGUCAACCUGGCCGGUCCUAAUUCUGGAGUUUAUGCUGGGCAUAUUGUCUCAUGCCUCAUCGGCCGCCAUCUCUCUGGUCUCGUUGAUGUCCUCAUAGAGAGUUGGACUGCGAUGUCUCUUUGAAUUAAGAGGAGCUAUAGGGAGCCCCUAACUAAUGUGCCAGUCUUUGUCAAGUUUCCUCAGUCCCCAUGGCUGUUUUCCCCCUCAGAGCUUCUUCACAAACAAAACAUCAUAGCCCAGGGUAAAGAGACGAAUGUCUGAUGUAUCUCUGCCGGGAUCCCCGGCUCUCUGACAUCCAGUCCCUCCUACAAUUAUCUGCUAAUUGACAGGCCCUAUCAGCCUGCUGGUGGCCACAGCUGACAAGUGUGAGAAGGCUGAGGUGAGGUGGUGGGGAAAUGCCAGUCAUUGCAGGAUUAUCAGCGCAAAGGCCAACGACAUAGCAGUAAUCUGACCUGGCUGUAGCUAGCUGGUGGGACACACUCUCUUUCCGGUGCAGCAGAUCUCACACACACACACACACACACACACACCCUUGUUGCUUCUUCUUUCUCUGCCUCCACUGUCUGAUCAUUUCAUACUCCACAAUGACAUUUUGUGAUUAAUUAAGAUAGGUGUGAAAUUGGCUGAAGACCGAUACCCCCUCCUCUUAUUGCCCCCAUAACAUGUCUGGGAAAGACAGGGUCACCCUAUGCCCCACAAUACCCACUGUACACACACACACACACACACACACACACACACACACACACACACACACACACACACACACACACACACACACUUCAGGUCCCAUGGCUGUUGACUGUCCAGCCAGUGUGCCUGAGGCCUGCCUGUCCUGUCUGAAUCCUUCUCAGCAUUGUUAAGUUCAGCCUCAGUGUUCACGCACUCUAUGAACUAAAAAGAGACGUCUGGCUAAGCCCAGACUGACCAUGCUGCUCUCGCCUUCCUUUCCCCUGCCUCUGUACGGUAAGGAGAGUGUUGGGUAAACAGACGUCAUAUCAAGUCACAUUAGGUUAUGAUAACAUUAUUAUAUUGACCAACAGUUUCUAUUUGACUGUACAAUUCAAAACAAGUAGUUUCUUGUAGCACUUGAACUCUUGUUGAAAUGGACACUGAGAAUAGGCCUUGAUACUGAGAUGAUUACAGCUUACAGAUGAUUCCAAACCAUUUUUGUCUGCCAUUAUAAAUCAGCUUUAGAUGAUCAUCUUGUGUAAGUCUUGAUUAAACUUUUUCCUUUUAACAAUCUCACUAGCUCUUGAUAUUGCGCUUUUUCCUUUAAGACAUAAUCUUUAAAACCACUGAAAUAGAUAACCCUAAUAGUCAGCAGCCUGGUGUUCCAGCUAAGAUUUUACUGUCAACAUAGUAGAAACCGGCCCGUUAACUUCUGAAACCUUCUCUGGCAAAGCUCACUGUCCCCACCACCGCCAUCAAAAAGUCAUUUCCCCAUAGGAGUCCCACACACGGCCUAACAAUGGGAGCAGAGGAUUAGAACAGCGCUCUGUCUCAGAGCAAAGGGGGGGGGAAAUCUGUUCCAAUC